AUGCUCCUUAUGAUCCUUAUGCUCCCUGUGCUCCCUCCCGGCCCUAGGCACCCCAUCCCGCCCCUCCUUAACCCCUCUUCUCUUCCCAACAGGAUGCCGAUGAUCCCUCUGUUCCCUCUGCGUCAACCCCACCGCCGUGGGACCCAUGCUCUCUCUGCUCUCUCCCACCCGCCCUCCUUCUCCCGUCCUCCGACCUUUCCUGCUGUUCUAAGUUAUUUCCACUCCCUGGGCUCAACGACCCCGGCCAGGAUCCAGCAGGCGAGGAGAAAACCGACGGGGAGUGCGACCCCAGCGGCGGCGUCAGCGCAUUUCCCUCAUGCCAACGCUCGCUCUCCCCCCGUUUGUCUCUCCCGCGCUCCUCCUUCCUCUCCUCCUUCCUCUCCCUCUCUCUGUCCCUCUCCCACGAGCCAGGAGACGGGCCCAACGAACGCACCACCUUCUUUGGUUUCAGUAAAGGAGGAGGAGGAGGAGGAGGAGGAGGAGGAGGAGGAGGAGGAGGAGGAGGAGGAGGAGGAGGAGGAGGAGGAGGAGGAGGAGGAGGAGGAGGAGGAGGAGGAGGAGGAGGAGGAGGAGGAUGCAAGCGGAGAUGGAGACGGGAGUGGGAAGGAGACAGGUAGACAACCUGGAAGGCGGAACUUCGGCGGACGCCUCGAUCCCACGGAGGAGUCCUCGCGCGGGUCCCCGGGCGAGGGGAAAUCACCAUGCGCGCUAAUCCCCACGGCCUCCCCUGCUCCCGCGACUGCGCCUGGUGGCGGAGUGGCCUCCUCCUCUUCGUCCGCUUGA